AUGGCACAGUGCACCCGUCCGUUUAGGGACAUGUACAACAUGGUCUUAAAGACGCCCUUGUUGUUAUCCUUUGUUGGGUCCGACAAUGUUAUUUCGGGGUUUGUUCCAAAGGAUGACAAGGAUAGCGAAAGGUGGCACCCGACUGUUCGCGACGGAUCAGCUCAAAGGGAUCACGGAAAGCACCGUGUUGGUCAGAGUCUCCGCCCGUCUUUCCGGAUCCGAGGGGCCAAACAUCCUCCCCUGGUCACACUCUUUCUCCAUCUUGAUGACAAUAAUCACAUCCUCUGGUUUCGCCUUACGAGGAUACUCCUAUUGCAGAUAGGUUACCAGCAAUAUGCCUUACACUCGAGGGACUACUCUAUCCUGAAGCUGUGGAAUCUGCAAAAGACCCAGAUCGUGGCUGCGCCAUCCACCAGCCUUCUGAUCGCCAAUCCUCCCGCAGUCCCCAUUGUCUCUUCAGCUCGUAUGACCUGUCUCACGAAUGAGAUACUAGGGAGCACACUAAACCCGGACUGGGAUGACGAUUCCCAGCAGAUUGCGUACGCCGUCUCUCUCCAUCCCUGUCUGCCUCAUGCAAACCCAGGUAGGUGGGUGCCCAGCAUCAUGGAUUCAAUUUCACCUGACUAUAAUCUGACUGACUCCUGUGGGUUCGAGUUGCAUUACCAUGCCGUAUCAGGUUAUGGUUCAGGUACACCCGCACUGGACCGUACUUUCCUCUAUCUACCUGCAAACGAUAACGCUCGUCGCCCAAUUAACAGCAGAAAUUCGGGAGAACGGGCUACAGAGAUUGUGUCGUGCCAUGUGUUCUAG